GAAUGAGAGAUCAACUGUUUGUUGACAUGACUUGACGUCAAAGUGAAGACACUUUUGAUCAACAAAACGAUUAUUAGUUUUGCAUUGGAUUUGCAUUUGAGAGACAAUCAGACAAUCGGAGCGACACCAGAGAUGUCCGAAAGUGUGUCCGAAGAGCACAAGGAGACGACGAAAGGGACGCAGAAGGCUGUGGUCGAGAAGGAGAGGGAGAGUGCGGCCAUCGCUGAGAAGCUGAUGGCACAGACGGAUCAGCUGCUGCUUCAGGAGAGAGAGAUCGAUAGCUUAAGACAGGAACUGCUGAACGCGAGGCAAGAGAUGGUGGCGUACGAGUCGGAGACGACCGCUGAGAGGAGGCGUCUGCGCGAAGAACUGCUCACUCAUGUGACUCAAUGCAGACAACUGGAGGACACGAACCGCGAGUUGGAAGAGAACGUCGGCUUAUAUAAGGAGCAGAACAGAGUUCUUCACCUUAAUUACCAGACAUUAGAGGCCAAGUGUCUGGAACUGGAGGAAGACCUGAGGCGUGCAGACAAGCAGAACGACAGCAUCGAAGUGGUCCGCAAAGACAACUCCAAUCUGAAGACUCAGGUGUUAAUGCUGUCAGAGCUCUACCAGGGAUUGAAGGACAGGUUGGCUGUGGUCAACAAAAACGCCACUUUCGAUGACAUGAUUGCCAUCGAGUCUGAAGUGAGGAAUAAGGAGAUCAAAGUGAGGAAUAAGGAGAUCAAAGAUUUGAGAUUAAAAUUGGAGACAACUGUCCAUCAAAUGGAAGUCUAUAAACUCAAGAACAUAAACUUAUACAUGAAUUGUUGUGUUCUUCAGGUCGAGCAGCAAAGGAUCGAUGGCCUCAAGAAAGUGAUCCAACAGUUAGAACAGCAUAUUCUAAGUCUUUACGGACAGUUAGGACUUAAAGAACACGAACAAAGGCUCAGAGAAAGACUGGACAUUCGUGAAGAGCACACUUCGAGCCAAACAUCUGACUCGAGGAUAGGCAGCGAUUCCAACCAUAACUCCGAUAACAAUCACUGCUAUACUAAUGAGGUGACACAACUGGCCUCUCCAUUCCGAUGGCUAUUAUCUCUAUUAAUCCCGGCUUUCGUCGGCUGGAGAGCCAUCACGAAGAAGAGCUUAAAUAUCAGUGGUUUCGCAGUCGCAAUGGUGUUUGGCUUUGUGUCGACUCUAAGCAACUACUGCUUCACUGUAUCCCUUCUGGUAUUCUUCAUCACCUCUUCGAUGGCAACAAAGUAUAAAAGCGAACGAAAGCGAGAAAUAGACGAAGAUUUCCGAGAAGGCGGACAACGGAAUUGGGUUCAAGUGAUUUGCAACGGAGGAGUGGCCACAGAGUUGGCACUCUUCUACCUCUUGGAGAACGGGUCCGGAGAGACGCCAAUUAAUUUCAUCACUGAUUACAAAACAUCUCUGUUGGCGAUCAGUGUGUUGGGAGCGCUUUGUUGCGCGAACGGCGAUACCUGGGCUUCAGAACUGGGAUCAGUCCUAUCGAAAGGAAAUCCAUAUCUCAUCACAACCUUAAAGCCGGUCCCCAAAGGAACAAACGGCGGGAUCUCUUUCAUCGGACUUAUUGUCAGCGCUUUGGGAGGAAUUGUGGUCUCAUUUGGAUUUCUAAUUACUUUAAAGAUUUGUGUCGACAGUGAGACAUACGAUGCGAGUCCCCAACAGUGGCCACUCCUCAUCGUCGGACUCUUUUCUGGUCUCUUCGGCUCUUUAGUUGACUCUCUCUUAGGAGCAACUCUUCAGUACUCAGGAAUCGAUAAAAGGACUAAAAAAGUUGUAGAGAAAGAGGCCAUUCAUGUGAAGCACAUCUGUGGUCGGCCUAUACUGGACAACCAUUCUGUGAAUUUAAUAUUUGUGCCACAAAUCAGUCGCCUAUCAAAGCAUUUGUUAAGAGAUAAUCAAAGAAACAAAGUAUUUGUGAGGAAAAUGAGCGAAACGUCUGGAGAUCCGAAGAUCAGUAAAAAUGAGUUAAAAAGACGACUCAAAGAGCAGAAGAAGGAAAAGGAAAGGCAGGAGAAGGAGGCCCUCAGACAAGAGACGGCCGCCAAUGACAGCCAAUCGGCGAACGCCAAGUCAGCGGCGGUUAAAGAGGAAGAAUUGGAUGAAAAUGAAUACUUCGUGAUCCGAUCCAAAGCCAUCAAUGAGCUGAAGGGCGCCGGAGAGCACCCGUACCCACACAAGUUCCACGUGACCACCAGUUUAACGCAUUUCAUCCAAAAGUACGAUCACCUCAAGCCUGAAGACAUGGUACAGACGGAUGAGCUGUCGGUCGCGGGCAGAGUGCACGCGAAGAGAGAGUCCGGACAGAAGUUGAUAUUCUAUGACCUCAGGGCUGAGGGCAAGAAGAUUCAGGUGAUGGCCAACGCGCGGCUCUACGAGAGUGAGCAGAAGUUCCUCAAAGACAACGAUAAGAUCAGAAGGGGUGACAUAAUCGGGUGCGUCGGUUGGCCGGGAAAGACCAAAAAGGGAGAGUUGAGUGUCGUUCCCAAGAAGAUCGAGUUGUUGACGCCAUGUCUCCAUCAGGUGCCGCACCUCCACUUCGGCCUCAAAGACAAAGAGAAGCGCUUUCGUCAGCGAUAUCUGGAUCUAAUACUCAACGAAACGGUGCGCCAGAAGUUCAUGACCAGAGCGAAGAUCAUUAAAUAUCUGCGCGACUUCUUCGACGGCUUGGGAUUCCUUGAGGUCGAGACACCGAUGAUGAAUAUGAUCGCCGGCGGCGCCACUGCCAAGCCGUUCGUCACGCAUCACAACGACCUGAAUAUGGAUUUAUUUAUGCGAAUCGCACCCGAGCUGUACCUCAAGAUGUUAGUCGUCGGUGGCAUCGAUCGGGUCUAUGAGAUCGGCAGACAGUUCCGCAACGAAGGUAUCGAUUUGACACACAAUCCAGAGUUCACGACCUGUGAGUUCUAUAUGGCAUACGCCGACUACAACGACCUGAUGGUGAUCGUCGAGACCAUGAUUUCGGGUCUGGUUUUGCAUAUUUUCGGCAAAUAUCAGGUGACAUACCAUCCCGACGGCCCGGAAGGAGAUCCAGUGGUCAUGAAUUUCAUGCCUCCCUUCAGACGCGUUCCCAUGAUUCCCGAGUUGGAGACAAAACUGGGCGUUCAGUUCCCGGACGCCACACAACUGGACACCGAAGCGGGCAAUAAGUUCUUAUCGGAUCUCUGUGUCAAACAUGAGGUCGAGUGUCCGGCGCCGCGAACCAGCGCUCGACUUCUGGACAAAUUGGUCGGAGAGUUCAUUGAAGUGAACUGUUUGGACCCCACGUUCAUCAUAGAGCACCCGACUAUAAUGAGCCCACUGUCCAAAUGGCAUCGCUCUAAACAGGGUCUCACCGAACGCUUUGAGCUCUUUAUAACUCGCAAAGAAGUGGUCAACGGAUACACUGAACUCAACGACCCCUUCGUUCAGAGACAGCGCUUCGAACAGCAGGCGGCGGCCAAAGCGGCCGGUGAUGACGAGGCGCAUGGGAUCGACGAGAUCUUCUGCAACGCUCUCGAGUACGGACUGCCGCCCACCGGAGGCGUCGGCAUCGGUAUCGACCGGUUGGCCAUGUUUUUGACGGAUUCCAAUAACAUAAAGGAAGUGCUGUUCUUCCCGGCCAUGAAACCCGACGACCAAAACGCUAAAAAGAGUGACCAAACGGAUGCCGCAGAACCGGUAGCUAAUGGCAGCCAAUGACACGACUACAUGACUCUGCGUUAGACUCAAUGACAUGUGAUUUAAAUGAAUUGGAAAUCAAUUUUUAUAUUUAUUUUAAAACCAAAUCCUAAGCACUGAUUGUCAUAACAAUCGACUCGUUAUUAUGUUUUGAAUAAAACAUAUGAAACUAAAGACUAAUUAA